AUGUCGAUGCCUCAAAAAACUAUUCUUAAUGGUCUUAAUAAUAAUACCAUACAAACCAAUGGCACACAUAUUUCCACCACUACCACUACCGCCACAAUAUUAAAUGAUAUUGCCGCUCCACUAACUUUCUCCAUUCCAUUCCCAGAAGACGAGGAGGAACUAAAAUUUUUAAUAGAAAGGUAUUCAAGCUUAGCUGAGCAACAACAACAACAACAACAACAACAACAGCAGCAAGAAAAAGAAGAGGAAGAUCAGCACCACCAUCGGUUUCAAAAUAAUGAAAUGCUUGCAAUUGAAAAAGUUUUACAAAAAGUUUCCAAUGAUGUUGACUUAUAUAAGGAGAAGCUUAAUACAAUAAUGAAAAAAGAUACCAAUAAUGAUGUUGACAUAGACUUAUUAUCUAAACAAUUGGUAUCAUUCAAGUUAUUAUCUAGAGGUUUAAAUGUACCAACAUCUUUGUUAUCCGUGGAAAAUGAUGCCAUUACCAACACCAAAAAUUUGCAACCUAGCAAUAAUAAAAGCAUCCAACCAAUAGAAUUAGAUGGUGACUUUGAGAAAUUAGUUUCUAAUCUAGGCUUAACUGGUUGUUAUAAUUAUAGAAAUAAUAACGAUGAAUUUUUAAGCAAAAAAGAACAAACACAAUUUUGUUUGGGAGAUACUGAAACCGAGCAUCUAAUAUCUAAGAAUAUUGCAUGCAGAAUUAAGGAUUUAGAAAAUUUGCCAGCAAAUCUAGGUACUUACUCUCUAGAGGAUUCUUUGUCUAUGAACACAAGCGAUGAGGAUAUACCAGAGAGAAUUGAUAAUAUAAAGAUUAAGGCUUUGAUUGAAUUGAAAAGUUUGCAACUAUUAACUUUCCACAAGAGUCUACGCCAAAGAUUGAUUAAAAGUUUGGCCACUCAAGCCCAUUAUAAAAAUCUAAGUUUAGCAGAAUCACCAUUGACCUUGGCUGCUCAGAGAUCUGUCCAAAUAAGAGCAAAAGUUAUACUACCACAUACGGCAAAAUUAGCUGAGGAAUUAGAACGUGAACAAUUAAGGAAUCAAAGAAAAAAGGAGCGUAAUUUACACUUGAUGAAAAUAGACAACAUUAUAAAUUAUGCUUCCAAGGCAUCAUUCAGGAAUAGAAGAGAAAAAUUCAGCACAUUUGGUAAAUAUAUGCAAAGUGCUCAUUAUGUCGCUGAAAAGGAAGAACAAAAGCGAGUUGAACGCACUGCUAGACAACGUUUACAAGCAUUAAAAAGCAAUGAUCAAGAAGCAUAUAUGAGAUUAUUGGACCAAACCAAAGACACAAGAAUUACCCAUCUAUUAAAACAGACUAAUUCUUUUUUGGAUUCAUUAACAAAUGCAGUUAAAUUACAACAGGCGUCAUCUAUAAUGGCGGACAAAUCGAAUAUACUUGGAGAAGCCGAAGAGCAGCCCUUGGAAAAAGUUACCGAUCGUGAAAAAGUUGAUUAUUUCAAAGUUGCCCAUCGGAUUGUGGAAAAAAUUGACAAACAACCGAGUAUUUUAGUUGGUGGGACUUUAAAAGAAUAUCAGUUAAAGGGGUUAGAAUGGAUGGUUUCACUAUAUAACAAUCAUUUGAAUGGUAUCUUAGCUGAUGAAAUGGGUUUAGGUAAAACUAUUCAGUCUAUUUCAUUAAUUGCUUACCUGUACGAAGUGAAAAGGGAAAAAAAUCCUUUUUUGGUCAUUGUUCCAUUAUCUACUAUAACAAAUUGGACUUUAGAAUUUGAAAAAUGGGCACCAACUUUGAAAACUAUUAUUUACAAAGGUACUCCAAAUCAGAGAAAACUUUUACAACGCGAUAUACGUUCUGGUAAUUUUGAUGUUGUAUUAACUACAUAUGAAUAUAUCAUCAAGGAUAAAGCUCUACUUUCAAGAUAUUAUUGGGCCCACAUGAUUAUCGAUGAGGGCCACAGGAUGAAAAAUACCCAAUCCAAGCUAUCGUUCACUUUGUCUAACUAUUACAAGACCAAAAAUAGAUUAAUUUUGACCGGUACACCAUUACAAAAUAAUUUACCUGAAUUAUGGGCUUUAUUAAAUUUUGUUUUGCCUAAGAUUUUCAAUUCAUCUAAAACUUUUGAAGAUUGGUUUAAUACACCCUUUGCAAACACUGGUAGCCAGGAAAAAUUGGAAUUGACUGAAGAAGAGGCUAUUUUAGUUAUUAGAAGGUUACACAUGGUUCUAAGACCCUUUUUAUUACGUCGUUUGAAAAAGGAGGUAGAAAAGGAUUUACCAGACAAAGUUGAGAAAGUAAUCAAGUGCAAAUUAUCCAGCUUGCAGCAAGUCUUGUAUCAGCAAAUGGUCAGACACAAUGCCCUUUUUGUUGGUGUUUCUGAUACUGAAGGCUCAAACAAAAGCGGCAUUAAAGGCUUAAAUAAUAAAGUUAUGCAACUACGAAAGAUCUGUAAUCAUCCAUUUGUGUUUAAUGAGGUUGAACAUGUUCUUAAUCCGAGUGGUAAGUGGAACACUGAGUUAUUAGUUCGUUGUGCGGGAAAGUUUGAAUUAUUAGAUCGGGUUCUACCCAAAUUUAAAGCAACAGGCCACCGUAUUUUGAUGUUUUUCCAAAUGACACAAGUCAUGAAUAUUAUGGAGGAUUUCUUAAGAAUGAGAAAUAUGAAUUAUAUGCGUUUAGAUGGUAGCACGAAGGCUGAAGAACGUACCUCUAUGUUAAAAGAAUUCAAUGCGCCAAACUCAGACUAUUUCUGUUUUUUAUUGUCUACAAGAGCUGGUGGAUUGGGUUUAAAUUUACAGACGGCUGAUACUGUUAUUAUUUUUGACACAGACUGGAAUCCACAUCAGGAUUUACAGGCUCAAGAUAGAGCACAUAGAAUUGGUCAAAAGAAUGAGGUUCGUAUUUUGAGAUUAAUCAGCAAUGAUUCCAUUGAAGAAGUUAUCUUGGAAAGGGCGCUGCAAAAACUAAAUAUUGAUGGGAAAGUUAUUCAAGCGGGUAAAUUUGAUAACAGUUCCACUGCUGAAGAAAGGGAACAAUUUUUACGAAAAUUAUUAGAGGAUGAAGCCAAUAGAGACUUAAAUGCAGAGCCUGAUAUCGAUGAUGAUGAUUUAAAUGAAAUUAUGGCCAGAUCGGAGGAGGAAAAGCUAAUAUUUGCUCAGAUGGAUAAAGAAAGGAUAGCAAAAGCGGAAGAAGACGCUAAAUCAAUGGGGCUAAAGGAACCUCUUCCUAGAUUAAUUAGAUUGGAUGAAUUACCACCUGUUUUUAGAGAGGAUGUCACUAAACAUUUUGAGAAAAAGGUGGAGGUUAUCAGUAAAACUAGGGAAAGAAAGAAAGUUUAUUAUGAUGAUGGGUUGACUGAAGAACAAUGGUUACAGGCAGUGGAUGAUGAUAAUGACACUAUUGAAGAUGCUAUAUCUAGAAGGCGUGCUGCUCGUGAAAAACGAAAAGCUAGAAAAUCCGGGAAAAUAGAGCUUUUAGAAGAGGACAAUGGUACUGAGCCAAAUGAAGUCGAAGAGCCAAAGGGAAUUACUGAAGAAAGUGAUGAAGAAGUGGAUGUUGUAGCUGAUAAACAUGUACCUAUGGAAAAUAACAAAAUUGAAUCUAAUGAAGAGAAAAUUGAAGAUGUAUAUAUACCUGAAGAAGAGGAACAAGAAGAACGGGAUGUUGAACCCCAUAAGCCUGUAGUGACAGUUAAAAGGGGUCGUCGUGGGAGAAAGAAGAAAGUUUUGAAUGAAGUAGUCGCCAAUCCCGAAACUAUAGAUCAUUCGGAAAUUGUAUCUGGUACAAGCGACGACAAUGCAGCAAUAAAUAAUAGCAAUGAUACUAAUAGUGCUAAUAGUAAGGACAAAAAAAAACAAGCAAUAGAAAAUGGUAUUAAUGUAUCCAUUGAGCACGAAGAUCCAUCAUCUCCCACCAAAAAGGCUAAAUUCAUUAUCAAAGUCAAACUAAAUAAAGCACAAACAAAAGAAAGAAGAGGGAGAAAAAAAAGAAAAUUGGAAGAUGGGGAGGAAUUUGCGUCUUCUAAUCCGAGUAGCUCAAUCACCAUUGAUGACAAUGAGCAAAACAAACCUAAAUUAAAAAGAGGGAGAAAAACUAGGGCCUGUACUUUUAUAUCAGAUGUGGAUAAAUUAUUGAGUGAUAUGCAUACAGUUGUGGAUCCUGAUGAUGGGCAUCCCUGCACCAGUAUUUUUGAAUCUUUACCACACAAAAAAAAAUAUCCGGACUAUUAUAUUAUUAUAGAGAAUCCGGUUUCAUUAAACACCAUAUAUUUGAAGUGUAAAAGAGGAGAAUAUGCAACAAUGGAUGGUAUCAGAGAUGAUUUAAACACAAUGUAUAAAAACGCUAGGACGUAUAAUGAGGAAGGAUCAUGGGUUUACAAUGACUCUGAAACUUUGGAAAAAUUUACAGACAAAUGGUUUGAGAAGUACAAUCAAGUAAACAAAAUAGAAGAGUAG